CUUCUUCCAGCCAAGAGAGACGGAGAGGGGGCAACUCUCGAGUGGCGCAUCUGCAGUUGCACAACCGCUCCCCCGGCCAGCUGAGCGCAGACUCUCCUUGGCAAGUUGCGCCUCUUUUCUUUGUCCUGCUUGGGUCAAGGCCCUCUGGUCCAGCCACUACUACUUUGCAGAACUGCUCAUCCCACCACAUCCAGAAUCAAACUGAGGUUACCUAAAGGAGGUAGUGCCUGUAGCUAUAGAGGAGCCUGAAGUCUACAGGCAGUAACAGCAGGAUCCUGACCAGCAUUCUGGGGUGCCAUACAUGCCCUUCACGCUCUGAACUGAGUUUCUAUCCAUCCUUUCUCCACUCCAGGUGAAAUUGGCAUCAGAUUUCCAGAUUCCUCCAUCUGAACUGAUCAAGAUGGCUACGAAUACGUCCAGUGAAGAGGAAUAUAGAAGAAUCCAUGUUGAAUGUUCCCAGUCGGGAAGGCAUGAGUUCAUAUUCACCAUGGUUCCAACUGUGUACUCCAUCAUUUUCAUCAUCGGUAUAUUUGGAAACAGCUUGGUAGUGAUUAUCAUUUACUGCUACAUGAAAUUAAAAACUGUGGCAAGUGUAUUUCUGCUGAAUUUAGCCUUGGCUGAUUUGUGUUUCCUAAUGACUUUGCCCUUGUGGGCUGCCUACACCGCCAUGCAGUACCAGUGGCCUUUUGGCAACUGCUUAUGUAAGUUAACUUCAGCCGUGGCAACCUUCAACCUGUAUGCCAGCGUGUUUCUCCUGACGUGCCUUAGCAUUGACCGUUAUUUGGCAAUAGUGCAUCCAAUGAAGGCACGACUUAAGCGUACAAUGUUCAUUGCUCAAAUAACUUGCAUCGUAAUCUGGCUGUUGGCAGCACUUGCAAGCUUACCUGUCGUCAUUCACCGAGGUGUAUAUGUCAUUGACAAUACCAAUGUGACAGUGUGUGCUUUUUGGUACAAGACCUUCAACAACACAACUCUGAAAGUUGGAUUAGGUUUAUCGAAAAACAUGUUGGGAUUCUUGAUCCCCUUUGUGAUCAUUUUAACAAGCUACACAUUAAUCUGGAAGACCUUGAAAAAGGCUUAUCAGAUUCAGAAAAACAAGACAAGAGGAGAUGACAUUUUUAAGAUGAUUAUUGCAAUCGUCCUUUUCUUCUUCUUUUCUUGGAUUCCUCACCAAAUAUUCACAUUUUUGGAUGUAUUGAUUCAGCUUGGUGUGAUAGUGGAUUGUUCUACAAUAGAUAUUGUGGAUACAGCUAUGCCCUUCACCAUCUGCAUAGCUUACUUCAACAACUGUCUGAAUCCCUUCUUUUAUGGCUUUUUUGGGAAAAAAUUUAGAAAAUACUUUCUUCAGCUUCUCAAGUAUAUUCCCCCAAAUGUCAGGCACUCUAGUCUAACCACAAAGAUGAGUACUCUUUCGUACCGACCUUCAGAAAACUUAAUUCUAUCUGUCAGAAAAAACGGUGAGCUCUUGGACAUUGAGUGAUGGGCUUAUAACAUGGGUCUUCUGCAACAAGCUGGUAAGAAUGAUGAUUCUCAAGCUCCCAGUUACCAGAGCUUAACAAAUUAAACUACCUGAGGCGUCAUCGAGUGGAAACUGAGCAAUGUUCCUUCAUUUCAUAUUGCUAAAAGGAUUGUUGGUUGUUUACAAGCGAGCGCUAGCAGAAAUAUGCCAACAUUCUGCUGUCCCAAAUUCUGAUAUGGACAGCAGGACAGAUUUUGGUAUGUGCCAGAAAGUGUGAUCAAAUUACCAACUUAAUCCUAGUUGUUUGAUGAAACUGACUUUGAACAAGUGGGAGCCGCUCCAGCCUACCCUUUUGGGAUCUUACUCACAAGAGCUGUGUAAAAGGCUUGGCUUCAAAGUCCUGAAAGGAAAGGAAAAGUCAUGCAAUUUUGCAAGAAAUGUUAAUAUUUAUUACACAACACUCAAAUGUAAUGCAGAUCAACCUGUAACAUAUAGGCAUAUAUAGUAUAUACAUACACAACGUUUAUUUCUAUGUCAGCAGGAAAUUUAAGGCUGUCAGAAUUGUGCCUAAAAAUACUGGUAGCAUUAGCAAAAUUAUUUAUGGCCAAAAUGUAUAUAUAAAGCAAAAUUAACAUGAAAAUUAACAUGAAUUAUGUAAAAUAUUUCAAUUUCUGCCAUGACAUUUCUGAUGAAUAUAUUGCUCACAAAUCAAUGCAACAAAUGCAGAAAAUAACACAGAUUCAAGAAAUGGCUGCUUCUAUAAAUUUAAUGUUCUUCGAGCUAUUAACAAAAUUCAUAUUUAGGAAAUGAAGAUUAAAGGUAUGUAUACA